AUGCGUCCGUCACCAAUCUUUCAGCCUUCUCUCAAUUCGUCGUGCACCGUGCCGCAAAGCAAGGCAUAUCAUGAUGGCAUCACCUUUGCAGCUCACUACCCGGCCGAUGGUUACGCUGCUUCGUUGGCCAACGGCGAAGCACGUCUUGAACUCUGGACCGACCUUCCCGUCUCGCAAUGCAGUCCUGCCAGUACUUCCAGGGCGACUGCUUGGAAGGCGGUACCCCUUCUGCCCCUCACAGCCUCAAUCGACCGUAACAACGGAUACGUCUUUGCGGUCACUGUCAAAUGCUUCAACCAAGCUGCAGAGGCAGUCUUCAGCUUUACGUAUCGUAUCGUGCAUCCCGACGGCAAGAUUGACUGGAUCAGUUCGCCCUCCAACGAUGGUCAGAUCUUCAUGCCUUCCAGGCAAGGUCCCUGUUACACUCUUCGACAACUGGUGCAGCCGCACUCGACCACAGAACUCAACCUGGGCCAAGGCGAAGCCUCGCCUGCUGAAGUCAACGAUUCCUUCACGCUUGCUUGCCUGACGACCAGCCGACGUCACACCUCCGGAAGCAUUGGCUUCAGCAUCAUGUCGAGCCGCGUCCAGUCUGGCCUGGUUAUAGAAAGGACUAAAUCGACCUGGUGCACUUCGCGGCGAUUUCAAUCGCUCACUGAAGUAUCACCAGACUUCGGCUCCAACCUCAUCGUUCUCGAGCUGUCACAAUCUUGCAGCAACGAGGUGCUCGUCGUUCUUCCGGUCUUUGACGAUGGCCAGCCUCCGGCGCGUCUCGUUCGAGGCCCGUGCGGUGAUGAUGUUGUCAACUUUGAGAUAACCGGAGGCGGUGCAUCGCACGCCAAAGUAUCGCUCGCCCUCGGCACUGCUGCCAAGCUGAAAGAGGUCAUCACAGCAUGUCGCAUUCAUGCUGCAAGAUCACUCCGCACGAGCAUCCACGAACCUCUGGGGCUCUCUUGGUCAGCGAGAAAAACGCUUGAUGUCGACUCGCCUUUGUCCGACGUCGUCGUACCUUCCGUACCCUGUGCGUACGACGAGUCCGAUUGCGUCGACGUCUCAUUCUGUUCCGACUCUACAGCUGUCGACAGUGCUGACCAGAGUCCCAGUUCCGCCAACUCGCUGAUGAUUCCAAGCUCAGGCGAUGAAACGCCUCCAACACUUCUAGAACGAGAUGACGCCUCGACUGUCAGCGGCGAUGACACAGUCCAGGCUGAAGCUUUGCCAUCACCGCCACAGUCUAAGGCCGGGCUUGGGUUUUGCACCUGGGAAGCGAUGCAGAACCAGGAGCGACGUCCGUACCUCUCCGAGGUGGUCGCUGCACUCGAGGCCGCGGAAAGUCGUCUGGGUCAAGGCUCCAUCGUGGCUCUGCUCAUCAACGAUGGCUGGCAAGACGUCGUAUGUGGCGCUGACGAUCGUGGCCGACUCAACAGCUUCGAUAUGGACCCAGCAAUCCUCGACAUUGAAGACGCCGCCAGUCUGGAUAAAGCAAAUGUUGCAAACCGCCCGUCAGUCCUGGCUCGCUACACUGCAUACAUUCAAAAGCGGUUCCCUGCCAUCCGUUCUGUUGGCUGCUGGAUGACUUUGGCCGGAUAUUGGGAUGGGAUUCAUCCCGAUGGACCGAUUGCUGCUGGCCUCAGUGCGCCUCUUCGUCACGUUAGAUUGGAAGAUCCUUUCCGCCAAGCGAGCCGGAACUGGUUCGUGCAAGCUACUGAGCUCGACAUGCAUCUAUUCUGGGAUAGGGCAUUCCAUUCCUUGCGCGAAAGCGGCGUAGACUUUGUCAAAAUCGACGCUCAAGCCGAGUGGGAGUGGAUCCAAGAGGAUGCCAGCUCUGGACAGCCUUUCAACGCGGCUGCAUUGGGAAAGGCAGCCUUCGAAGCCAUGGAAGGCGCAGCAAUGCGCUACUUUGGCACAGGAGGCGGUGUGAUCCACUCAAUGGCGUUCACCUCGAACCUCACCAACACGCUCAGAACACUUUCCAGCCAAGGCAUGACGGUUCGAUGCACCGACGACUUUUUCCCACAAAUUCCCGAGGCGCAUCGUCACCACUUGGCUCAUAAUGUCUACAAUUCACUGCUACUCCCGCAUCACCGUUGCGACGCGGACAUGCUUUCCCACUGUCUGGGUAGCAGCAGUGUCGCUGGUCAAGACUACACGGGCUUUCAUGCUUCGUUCCGAGCUUUCACAGACGCACGUCUCUGGGUCUCGGACAAAGCUAACGCUCCUGUGCACGACUCGCUUCGAGCGCUUGUUGCUCCUCCGACACUGUCCAAUGCAGGCGCCAGCGUGUGUGUUCAGGCAAGUGGAAGCCUGAUGACAGGCAGUGCUUUUGACGACUUCGUCAGCGAUGGUGUCGGACCCGCUUUGAAGAUGACAGUGCAACACGAAAGCACCGCGAGCGCCACUGUUGGUCUCUGGAACCUGCGUGGUAGCGCAGAGACCUUCGAUGUGCUGCAACCCAAACAGAUGCUCAGCAGGCAAGAUGAAGUUGAACAGGUGGCCAGCUCGCUACAUACCUAUUAUGCUGUUCGAAGCUUCCGGUCAGGCCAGAUCUGGCUUCUGGCCAGCGGGGCCGAUCAGGAAGGGAGGGAGAGCGGUUCACUCGGUGCAACUCUCCCAGCGGGAUCUUGGGAGGUUCUGACAGUCUCUCCACUGCGGAAGACGAUGGUGCAAGGAGUGAGUGUGGCUCUGCUCGGCGCAACAGAGUAUUUCAUGACGCCGGGUGCUGUUCAAGCAGUCACCAUCGCCACCGCGUACCCUCACAAAGAAAGCAGGCGACGUUCCGACUUUUCUCACUUUCGACGGCCUUCGCAUCAACGACACCGAUCGAAUUGUUCCAGCAGCAACAUCAGCAUCAGCAGCAGAAGCAGGUCUCCGACCACUAUGGCGAUCCAAGCAAAGCAGACCGAGUCUGCACUGACGACGGUUGCUGUCGAGUCAUUGAUGCAGAGGUCGGACGCUGGAGCGCGCGCCGUGCUGCUGUCGCUUGCCCUUGUCAAUGGAUUCUUCGCGAUCCUGCAGACAAUGAUCACCGGCGCCAUGCGGGUGCCUGGCAAAGGCAAUGGAAGCGUGGCAAAAGCCAAGACACCUGGCGCCGACAUUGCCGACACAAUGAUCGGGAUGCUGGACAAGCUGCAGACGUUGUUCGUGUUUGGACUGCUCGUGCUCGCGUCUUGGACCUGCACGCUCCCCAGGGCCUCGGCACCAAGCGGACCAAAACCAUCCUGGCGACGCUUCCUCAACGCCAAACAGACUCUUUGGGGAGACGCGAGCGAUGCGGCGUAUUUCGACGACGCGACGCUGCGCAAGGUGCGCUUACGUCCAGCCGAUGCAGUGAGCACCCUGAAACGCUGCCUCACCGCACGCACCAUGCUCCCGCUCCGUUCGUGUCCGAUCUCGCUCGCCGACCCUCAACCCUCGAGCCCGUCCACCCCGCAAUCGCCCCGACCCGACGUGGUCGUUACCGCGCUCGUCGACAUCGCGGCCAAGAUCAGCUUCCUCGUCCUCUGCCCGACGCGGGACGCCAUCAAAACAUGCAAGAUCGACCGCACCCGGUACGACACUGCCGCGACACCCUGGAUCCGCGUCGAGCCUGUGCAGCUCGAAGCGGGGUCUGCGCAGGAUGUGGGCAAGACCGCGUUCUGCGUGGAGAUCAACCUGCAGGCGUACAAGGCGAGCCAGGACGAGUCAGUGGUGCAGACCUUGUCGGCGCCGGUCAGCGUGUCGCUUCGCAUCAGCGGCGGCGCAGAGUAG